AUGGGAAUUAGAGGCAGAUAUACUGCUGAUGUCAGAUAUCCACUCACGGAAACACUCCAGAGGCUCUUCGGCUCCGCGAAGGAAGCAGUGCUCAGGGGCAAGCAGAUUCAAGAUACCGAGGGCUAUGGCAGCGACUAUCGCAACGAGAUCGUAAGCGACAAAUUAUGCGAUGACACGAUCGAAUACUUGGCUCCUACAUUGGAGCAACACAAAGGAUGCACACUGAUCGACAUCCACCCUGGCGCGUGCCUGUUCUCCUCCAAACUACAUGACUUCCUCAAACCAAAGCGUCAUCUCUUACUAGAGCCGGAACCUUUGUACUACGACUCUUUCAUCAAGCCUCUGCUCGAUCGACCUAACUCAACGUACCGCCAUUCGACGAUCCAUGGCGUGCAUCUACAGCACUAUUUCCAUAAUUACAACAAACUCUUGAACGACCCAGAACUUGCUCCUCGGCAGUCUCUCCCACUGGAUGAUUCAAGACAAAGGCAGCUUGAUCCCAACUUCCUCGUUGUCGGUAACCUGGCUAGAAAGUACACAUCCAGGGCACGCACAAGAUCAGUAACCCUAGCUUCGCUCAUUCUGCAACAGAUGCUGCAGGCAUCACUGAACAAUGAGAUCUUCCACAAUGGUGGUCUUGUCCGCAUGCUCUGGUGGGUACCCGAAGGCGACAAGUAUACGCUCUUCCCAAUUACUGAGGCAUAUCGACGCAGCUUGAAUGCUAGGCUCAGUAUUGCCACCGAGACCACCGAGGCGGUGGGGAUGCUGGACCUCUAUAAUAUCAAAAAUAGAUACUACGCUGCCCGACGACCAAGGCCACCUUUUUUAAGUGCAAUGAUCGCGGAUCGUGUGCAGAAACGAAUGGAAGCUGCUGGGAUGAAGCCGCCAGAAGGACGUGAUGUUCUUUACGAGCGACCUGAAUUCUAUCCCUCGGCCUCCAGAUCGCCGUUCGAGAGCACAAUCAGCACUUUCAAAGAGCUUGAACGUGAUAUCGAAUCCGCUCAGAAGCGUUUACUCGUCAUCACGAAAGACCUCCCCUCAGUCAGACGUACGGCGAUGGCCAAGCUGGAGGAAAGCAUGGUGGAAUCGAUCACAUAUCCUCAGUGUAAGGAGUUCCACGACAAUUUCGAUGUCAGAUUGGCGAGGCGCGCACGCACAAUCAUCUAUGCUGACCUAGCUACUGGCAUUCUCAAUCUUGAAGUCGCACUUGUCCUUCUUGAAGAGAAUGGCUUCUUGCGAGCCAGUCUGGAUGCAUCACGCGAUGCAGUCAAGGCAAUGUGGGAUGACAUGAUGGCUCAUGCUCACAGCAUCACCAAGGAGCUCUCGCAGAUGAUAGAACUCUCUGUCGACAUGCAGAUUGCUUGCUUCAAGAGUCCACCGAUGGUUGCACUCGAGGCACGGGCAUACCAGCCAUUGAAAGGUGAAGUACAUGAGAUCUGGCCAAAGAAUCAAAUGAUGUUGCUGGAUAUGGUUCCGAAGGGUGUCGAUCUAUCGGUGCCGGACUUGGCCAGUCGACGCGAAGGUGCGAAGAUCUGUGAGAUGCUACUCCGGUCCUUUAUGGAGUCACCUGCGCAGUGUCUGCCAGACGCGCUAGAUCGUAUAGCACCGAAUGCAGCGCAGGAUCUCUUGCCUAUGUGUCCGGCCGUCUCCGAUCCGAGGAAGGGCGGUAGACUAGAUCCCAGGAAUAUCAAGACGAGAUCUGUAUCCGAGGAGAUAAUGGUUGAGUUGGUCAAAGCGUGGUUCGAAUGGCCUUUCAAGCCAUCGACUGUGGAGAUGGAGAUUGCUCGCGCGGGCUCGGAGUCAGCAUCUGAGGAGGACACAGACGUGCCAACAGGAUAG